AUGCCAUUCAACCUGGUAAGCGCUUCACACAAUUUCAACAUUGAACAAGCCCCAGGAGCUGAACUGCUGGCUCACAUCCUGAUCAAGACUAAUUCAACCAAAUCGGAGUUGGUGAUUGGUGGAACUAGACGACUAACAAGACAAGAUGAUUUUGGGAGCUCCGCUGUGUUCACCCAACAACCCACAGACUUGGUGGUGGUGGCGGGCCAGCCGGUCACCCUGCCCUGCUCCAUUCCCGGUUACCAUGGCAUGGUGCUCUGGCUGCGUGAUGGCAUGGCCCUGGGUGUUAACAGGGAUCUGUCAGGUUACCCACGAUAUGACAUUGUCGGAGACCACAGUAAAGGAGAAUAUCACCUCUUGAUCCAGAGAACAGAGAUCCAAGACGACGCCUUUUUCGAGUGCCAGGCCAUCCAAGCAGCUAUCAGAUCCCGCCCCGCCCGGCUCACCGUCCUGGUUCCUCCUGAUGACCCGGUGAUCGUGGGGGCCCCGGUGGUGAGUUUACGGGCCGGUGACCACCUCAACCUCACAUGUCACGCAGAUAACGCCAAACCUGCUGCGUCCAUCAUCUGGAUCCGCAACGGUCUGGUCCUGAGUGGAGCCAUGUACUCAAAGACCUUGCUGCGGGAUGGUAAGAGGGAGAGCACCGUCAGCACGCUCUACCUUUCUCCCUCCAACAUUGAGUCGGGUCAGCAGAUUACCUGUCGAGCUUCGAACAAAGCAGCCCCCAACGGCAAAGAUGCUACAGUCACUAUCGACAUUCAGCACCUGCCAACUGUAAACCUCACUGUGGAGCCACAGCCUGUUCUGGAGGGAAAUUUGGUCAAAUUCCACUGUGCUGCCAAAGCCAACCCACCUGUCAUCUACUACAGAUGGGCCAAAGGAGGUCAACCGAUUUUAGACGUGCCAGGUGACACCUACGAGGUUCUGGUGGAUCACUCUUUCUUCACGGAGCCUGUUUCCUGUGAGGUCACCAACGCACUGGGCAACACCAACAUCAGCAGGAACGUGGACGUCUACUUUGGGCCGAGGAUGGCGGCAGAGCCUCAGUCUCUGCAGGUGGACCUGGGAUCUGAUGCUGUUUUCAACUGCGCUUGGACAGGAAAUCCCUCGCUAACAAUUGUGUGGAUGAAACGUGGCUCUGGAGUGGUGCUUAGCAACAAGAACACUCUAACACUGAAAGCAGUGAAGCCAGAGGAUGCUGGGAAGUAUGUGUGCCGGGCCGUAGUCCCCAGAGUGGGCGCCGGGGAGAAGGAGGUGUCGCUCACUGUGAAUGGUCCUCCCACUAUCUCUAGCACCCAGACCCAGCAGGCGCUCUACGGUGAGAAGGGUCAGAUCAAGUGCUUCAUCCGCAGCACCCCUCCUCCCGACCGAAUCGCCUGGUCCUGGAAGGAGACAGUUUUAGAGUCGGGGACGUCUGGACGCUACACUGUGGAGACAGUCAGCACGGAUGAAGGGGUGAUCUCCACACUGACCAUGAGUAAUAUCGUCCCCGCUGAUUUCCAGACGAUUUACAACUGCACGGCCUGGAACAGCUUCGGCUCUGACACUGAGAUCAUUCGACUCAAAGAACAAGAGACUCUGCGACUGGCUGUCAUCAUCGGCGUGGCGGUGGGAGCCUUCCUCGCCCUCUCCAUCCUCCUGGGAACGUUGGGCGCAUUCUGCUGCACCAGAUUCCAGAGAAAGGACGUCCAUCUGGUCAUGUCUUCUCUUCCCGUGUCCCUUUCGCGCCAGAGAGAUGUGAAGCCAGAGAAUCUCAAAGGAGUGGUUUCAGCAAAAAAUGACAUCCGGGUGGAGAUCGUCCACAAGGAUCACAAUGCGGCACGGGAGAGCGAGGAGCACACCAGCAUCAAACAGAUGAUGAUUGACCGCGGUGAGUUCCAGCAGGAGCCUGUGCUGAAGCAGCUCGAGGUGCUCCAGGAGGAGGAAAAGGAGUUUCAGCACAUCAAGGACCCCACCAAUGGCUACUACAGUGUGAACACCUUUAACGAGCAUCACGCCACCCCCACCAUGUCCAUGGCCCCCAGCCAGACCCCCGACGUAGUCCGAAGCCCACCCGCCGGAACUAUGACCAUCGGCAAGCAGCGGGUGCCCACCGGCAUGUCCUUCACCAACAUCUACAACACCCUGGGUGCCGGUCCCAACCGCCUCUACGACUACAGCCAGCGCUUUGUCCUGGGCAUGGGCAGCAGCUCCAUCGAACUGUGCGAGCGGGAGUUUCAGCGGAGCUCGCUCAGCGACUCCAGCUCCUUCAUCGACACGCAGUGUGACAGCAGCGUCAGCAGCUACAGCAAGCAGGACGGCUACGUGCAGUUUGACAAGGACAGCAAGACCUCGGCCUCGUCCUCCUCCCACUACUCUCAGUCGUCGUCCCAGAACUCAGACCUCACCAGGCCUCUGCAGAAACGCAUGCAGACCCACGUCUAACAGACGGAGAUAACGAGGAUGGAAAGGAUGUUCCAAAGAGCCAUUUUACCUACACGGAUGAUUUUUUUGUUCCAGUGCAGAGGGACAUGACACAGUUUGUAGACGCCAACUUUUGAAGCUGCACACCUUGAUGAAACCGCUGGAAUCAAAGCGUGACUUAAAUCAUGAGCCAACAAAAAAAAAUCAUGACAAUCAUUUGUCUGCUUUUCUCUGCUCAUAAGAAACAAACAGUAGUUUGCUGCUGUUCCCUUUUUUUGUUAUUUUGGCAGACUGCCUUGACACAUGAACCUGGGGGCAGAGUGAUGGUUAGUUUCAAAGAAUAU